UGCUGUGGUUUGGACAGACUGUAGUUCAUCUCUGUCUGUCAGAAUGAAUGAGGGGCCGGACCGCCGGAUGUAGGACCUGCCACCUUCAGAUGAGCUCCGAGGAAAUGACACUGACGAACUAAGAGGGGCUCCGUGACAGGGUUGUUUUUUCCCCCAACCUCAUCAGGCCAGAAAGCAGCAGAGAGAAUCAUUUGCAGGUCUGUAGUACUGGCUGAAGGACCGUGUAAACGCGGCUUGUAAAAGGAUCCCACCGUGGUUGGUCGUAGUGUAUAGAGAGGAGCCUACUCAGCUCUCCAGGCUCCUCGGCCAUGGCUCUGCUGGGCUACCUGAAGAGCCUGUUCAUCCUGCAAUUGCUGAUGGGCUUUGUGUUCGUGGUGAGCGGCCUCAUCAUAAACUUCAUCCAGCUCCUCACAUGCAUCCUCUGGCCGAUCAACAAGCAGCUCUACCGCAGAAUCAACUGCCGGCUCUCUUAUUCCCUCUGGAGUCAGCUGGUGAUGCUGCUGGAGUGGUGGUCAAGCACAGACUGCACCCUAUACACCGACCAAGCUACGGUGGACAAGUUUGGCAAAGAGCAUGUCAUCGUCAUCCUCAACCACAAUUUCGAGAUUGACUUCCUCUGUGGCUGGACCAUGUGUGAAAGAUAUGGCGUCUUAGGGAGUUCAAAGGUGCUAGCCAAACAUGAGCUACUGAAGGUUCCUCUGAUUGGCUGGACCUGGUACUUCUUAGAGAUAGUCUUCUGCAAAAGAAAGUGGGAGGAGGACCGAAAUACUGUCUUCAAAGGAUUGAACAGGCUCAAAGACUAUCCUGAAUAUAUGUGGUUCCUGCUGUACUGCGAGGGCACCCGCUUUACAGAGACGAAGCACCAGAUCAGUAUGCAGGUUGCAGAGAGCAAAGGCCUGCCCAAGCUCAAGUAUCACCUACUCCCCCGAACCAAAGGAUUCACCACCACACUGCAGUGUCUAAAGGGCACAGUGUCUGCAGUUUACGAUGUGACUCUCAACUUCAAAGACAACCAAACCCCCACCCUCCUGGGCAUCGUCAACGGCAAGCAAUACAAAGCUGACCUGAGCGUAAGGCGGUUCCCUGUGGAGGAAAUACCAGAUGAUGAGCAAGAGUGUGCGGCCUGGCUGCACAAGCUCUACCAGGACAAGGAUGCCUUACAGGAAAUCUACAACAAGGACGGCAAAUUCCCCGGGCCCACAAUAAUCCCACCUCGUCGGCCGUGGACACUGCUCAACUUCAUGUUUUGGGCCACCCUGCUGCUUUCUCCCCUUAUCAAAUUUGCUUGUGGAGUGGCCGUCAGUGGCUCCCCCCUCCUCAUCAUUGGCUUUACCAUCUUCCUCAUCAUAGCCUCCAUAGCUAUCCGUCGCCUCAUAGGGGUCACCGAGGUAAAGAAAACAGGCUCCAGUUACGGCAACCAGGAGGCCAAGAAACAAAACUAAAGUGUGUCACCCCUCCGUGUACGGCCGUCUCUGUUCGGUCGCCUGCGGCGUCUCACCCCUACCCAACUCCAUUCUCCUCCUGUUGAGUCAGUUGGUAGGCGGGGAGGAGACCCAGCUGUGAAAACAUAAUAGAGACCAGAGUUAGAAAUACUAAUGGCACUAGAGUGAGAGAGAGAGAGAGAGAGAGAGAGAGAGAGAGAGCAUGGAAGGUCUGGGGUUCAAGCUCUCUGGUGUAACACAGAACACAAGGAGGGGGAGAUGCAGUACUGUACUGUAUUCCCCCGCAUCUUUCUUAAUCCAGCUAGCGACCCGCUGUCCCCGUUAAAUCUUGGUAACACCCAAGGUUAAGCUCCUAACCCAUCUGAGGUCACAUGGACAGCCAGUCAACUUGUCCUUUACAGCAAACUAGCCCAUUUCCUGCUUUGCACUACCGACCUCCACUUCCUGUCACAGUCAUCAGCCAACCAGGGAGUGGUGACCCGCUCACUGUUUUUGAUUACAGAACACAAGCUGAUCUGUAUCUGAUCUUUUUUUUUAAUCUUAACCUCCAUCCAGGGGCAGUGUGUUUCUGCAGCUGACAUCUCCUUCCCCCUUUUUUUUUUUUUUCACUAAGUGGGACUUGUAAUGGGAACCGGUGCCUUGAGGCCCAGCCUGGUUUCCUUCAUCUUAAAGGAUCAGUUCAUUUAAAUCACAAAAAAAAUGACCACUUAACGUCUAGGUUGUUAGCCAUGCAGAUAGUUAGUUUUUGUUUGCCUAGCGUCUGUAUCACUAAACCUCAACCCCAUUACAAUGGAUCUGAAUAUAAUUUUGUUCAUGGUGCUGAAAUCAGUGUAAAAUAACAUUUUAAAAACUCAACAGAAGCUUGUUUUUCCAGAAACAAUCAGUGGAACAUCAAUAGUUUUAUCAAAAAAUUGUGAAAGGUGUCCGUGUGAACACUAGUGGAUUGUCCAAGUAGUCCCCAGAUUAUUUCUGGAAAGAUACAAUUAAGUUGAGUUUUUAAAACUUAUUUUUUAACUAAUUUGAGCACCACCAAUGAAAUUUCACUCACCUUCAUGGUAGUGAGGUAAGAGGCGGAUAUGUAAAAGUAAAUCUCACACUGUCUCCAUGGCUAGAUCACACAAAGUUAGAAAAACAUGUUAUUUUAGUGAACUGACCUUUUAACAUCCCGGUUUGGAGAGGCUGGUGUCUGUUAAACUACAAUAAGGGCGCUGAAUGUGAAAACUGUCCUUAUUAAAGGACACCUGCCAUCUGUUACAGGUCUCAUUUGUAGCCUGCAGCACAGACACCUACGGAUUCAUUCUGACACAUUUCAGUUGAUUUUUUCCUGUGUGUAUUCCUAUUUCCACUCGCUUUCACACAAAUAGGAAUUUGCAUGUGUAGUAUGAUUCAUUUUUAAGACAUAAACGGACCAUCUCUCACCCCCCCCCCCCCCCCCACUCCCCAAAAGCAACCAGCAAUCCCAGUCCAAAUAUUAAAGCGGUUCAACCCACCACACCCUCGGACGCCAGUCGUGACAGUUGAAGUGCAGCGCAGCCUGUUAUGAUUGAUGUGACUGUUCUGCUGCUGCCAUUAAACGGCAGCAGACCCAGAUACCCAAAAAAGGUCACCAACUGUCUUCAUGUAGCCUCACAGCUGUUAGCAUAUGAUUUUGCUGUACAGAUAUAGACUGUAGUAGUGAUGUUUUAACCUUUGCCUUAAAUCAAGCUUGCUCAGGCAAGGGAUUGCUUAUCCGCCACCCCUUUAAAACGGCACCCGCCUCUUUACCUCUGUUAUGUUUAAAUAUUCAUCCUCUUCUUCAAGUUUCAGCAGUGCAUGUUCAUUUGGUUUGAUCACCAAAGUGAAUCAUGAAAACUAUUUUUAACCUUUAAAGUGGUAAACUAGGAAGCGGUUGGUUCGUUAACUGUGAACAUUGUCAUUAGUUAAAAGCAGCUGUUUUCACACCACGUGCUGAGCAGCUGUGUUUGCUGUUACUGCUGUAUGUCGGCACGGCAGCAGCAGAAACUAGCCACUGUCGGUGCACUCGCAGUUUCAUACAUUUCACUGUUUUAGAAUCGGGUCGUCCCAGAGUUGGUUGUUUUUUUUUUUGGUUUUUUUUUUAACUCAAAUUAAAGCGUUGGCUGCUGCAGUACAUGAGUGGGUUUCUCCAACAUGACGAGCUACAUUUCCUGGUCUAAAUUGCAAACAAUGGUAGCAAGACAUGGAGGGGAUAUUUUGUGUCCUGCCCCCCCUCCCCCUCCUUCCCCCAUUCCCGUGCCACAUGUAGUAUUAAUCAUAAAUUUUUGUUUUGUUGGUUCAAUUUUUGGGAUCAUCACUCCUCAACAGUGAUAUAUUGUGUACUUCCUCCUUCUGUAGCGUUAUUUCUACCCAGACAAAUCUCAUGCAAGCCUUAAUAGACAGUGCUGCUUAAUUUUUGUGUGAAAAUGUAGAAGCUAACUGAGCCCCUGUGGUAGUGAAGAAGUGAAAAUUGAAAAAAUGUCCUCCAGUAUGGAAAGCAAGCUCCUGGGAUUAGUCGUUCGGGCAGCUUGUUCUACAAUUUUAACACGAAGAAUUAAAGAAAGAUGAAAAUGAAUAAAUUCUGCUCUUGUGUUUAGAGUUGAAAGAGCUCUGUUUGUAACCAGUUUUUUACAAGAAGAUCCUUUGAGUUGCGUUACCUCAAAUAUUUGUGAAAAGCUUUAGCUUGCUCUGUUUUUCCUUUUAAUCCCAACAUACUGCAUCAGAUAAUGCAGUCCAGCUCAUCCUGUCAUUCAGUAAAAAGAAAAAUAUUUGAAAGCAGAAAGGAUGCUGAGACAUUGGAAAAACCUUUUUACACUGGAUGUUUUUAUUCAGUAAAGAAAUAUAACUUGUGGUUGUUUUUUUUUCUGAGAUCUUGAAUGGAAACAAAUAACAAAAUCGACACGACUACAUGACUUUUUUUAAAUCUCGAAGAUAAAUCAGUUAGUUGCACCUCUUGCGCCAGCUUUUGUUUUCUAGGGCUAUUUUUAUGUUUUCUUCAAUUACAACACUUAAGAAUAUUAAAGAAUUUAAUCACAAAUCAA